AUGUCUGCGGAGGACACGGCCCAGAGCAGAGCCUCAGCCGCGGCUCUCAAGGCCUUUCUCCUGAAGUCCAGCAGCAAGACCAGCGGCAACGUCUAUGACCACCUGACACAAGUGCUGGUGAAGAUCAUGGAGGAGCGUCCGGCGGAUGCGGUGGAUGUGAUUGAGGACAUUAGCCGCGACGUGAAGCGGGCGCUGUACGUGGACUCGCAGAGCACUCUGAGAGACCUGAGCGAGGAGACACCAGUGGAGACCAUGGCCCAGCAACAACAAGACCUGUUCAAGCCGCCACCAGAGGGCGACCAAGAGUAUGAGCUGGCAGAGCCCGCCCUCCCCAACCUGCCGGAGGUGGGCUUCUACCUGGCGCAGCUGGGGGUGUCCGUGGGCGAGGACCUGCAGCGCCUCUUCCUGUCUCUGAAGCAGCUGGUGGACUCUCACGCUCUGCACCGCUGCCGAUUCUGGGGCAAGAUCAUCGGGACGGAGAGGAACUACUUCAUCGCAGAGGCCGAGUACAGAGAAGGAGAGGAGGAGGAGGAGGAGCAGAACGCAGAGGAGGCGCCUGGAGAGGAGCAGGAGAAACAGGACACAGAGAUAGACUUCCUUCCAAAGUGGACUUACAAGCCCCCACCGGUGGUUCCCACGGAGGCGGUAGGGACAGGGACCAACAGAUACAUGUACUUUGUGUGUAACGAGCCGGGCCUGCCCUGGACGAAGCUUCCCACGGUAACUCCGGCUCAGAUCACAACCGCACGACUCAUCCGCAAGUUUUUCACCGGGAGACUGGACGCUCCCAUCGUCAGCUACCCGCCUUUCCCCGGCAACGAGAGCAACUACCUGAGAGCCCAGAUCGCCCGCAUCUCCGCUGGGACUCAGGUGAGUCCACAGGGGUUCUACCAGUUCAGAGAGGAGGAGGGGACGGAGGCAGAGGAGGAGGUGCCCCAGGACGGCUACGAGGUCAACCCCGAGUUUGAAGGAGUCGCGGCCGUGAAGCUGGCAGAGUCUCUGUCGGCCUGGGUCCAUCACACACAGCACAUUCUGAAGCAGGGUCGCUGCACGUGGGUGAAUCUCACGCUCAAAAACAAGGAGCUGAAUGAGGAGGAGGAGGGGGAGGAGAGAGAGGAGGAGGAGGAGCCAGAGGAAGCAGAGCCAGAGCUGGGGCCUCCGCUGCUCACACCACUGUCCCAGGACGAAGAGGUGUUCCAGACGCCGCCCUGGACCCUGAGGAUGUCGUCCCGUCUGACCCCAGAACACGCUCUGGCUUUUGUUCGGUCAAACCUGUGGCCUGGAGCCUACGCCUACGCCACGGGAAAGAAGUUUGAGAACGUGUACGUGGGCUGGGGGCUGAAGUACACGGCGGAGAGCUACAGUCCCCCGGUGCCGCCGCGGCCUCAGAGAGAAUACCUCACCGGCCCGGACGUCAUGGAGGUUCCAGACCCCACGGUGGAGGAGGAGCAGGAUCUCAGGGACGCACUGGAGGAGCAGGAGGAGAGCAGAGAGGAGGCAGGUGCUUCAGAGGAAGAGGACGAGGACGACUGA